CUGGGCAGAAGUUUCAAAACCGAGAGUCCGCAAGUCAAGUUGAUUGAGUGGUGGGUUAAGUCUCACUGAGGGUUCGUGUCAUUCUAUUUUCACGACCAGGGUCGAGUCUUUAAAAAACAGUAACUCAAGUCGAGUGAAUGACUCGUGCCUUUCCAACACUAGUAUCUACACAUGCCAAAUAAAACUACAACUGUUUUAAUUAAUGUUUUUUGAAAUAAUUACUUUGAUGCCUUUAUUCUAAUUAUUAUCUUUUAAUUUUUCAGUUACUACCCUCUCUAACAGUAAGCGAAUAAUAUGUCAGAGCAGAAGAAAGUAAUAGUAUUUGGAGCAAAUGGGCAAUGUGGCCUGAAGUUAUUAAAACAAGGCCUCAAUGAAGGAUUACGAGUGACAGCAUUUGUACGAACACCAGAAAAAAUACCAAAAGAUAUAAGAGAAAAACUUCACAAAGUUAUUCAAGGUGAUGCAAUGGAUCCAAAAUCAGUUGAAGAAGCCAUUGAAGGACAUGACUACGUACUUUCUGCAUUGGGAAAUGUCUUAAAAUUUGGAACAAUGUUAUUAACGAAUGGAUCUAAAAACAUUCUGGAAGGAAUGAGAAGUCACGGAGUCAAGCAUCUACAAGUGGUUAGUGGAGCACCAUACAUACCGGGAGAAGGAGGUUUGUUUGAGGCAAUUGCCAGAAAAGUAACAAUUGCGGCUAGAGAUCACAUUAGACAGCUCGAGAACUUAGAUGCUUCUGAUGACAUUGACUGGGUUGCGAUUUGCCCCUAUUUCAUAAAAGAUAGCGACGCAUUGGACCCAGACUACAAGUAUGUGAAGCAAAAAGUUUCUGGGAUGUCUACUGCAACAACAGCAGAGAUAGCAGAUUUUAUGAUAAAGAUUGUACAAGAUGAAACAAAAGCAAAAGACUUCAGACAUUGCAAAAUGAUCAUUCAUCAUUAAAUCCCCUUUUUCAGCGUUUUUAGAUUAUCUAACCCUGUAAUAUUUCUCCAUUUAUAUGUUUAAACAUGACCCAGUGAUCAGAACAACUUGAAGGUCUCCUUCAUUUUGCAAACAGUUUUUUUUUAUAUGUUAUUGUAUUUGACGGAUCAUUUUGCAAAGAGUUGUCAGCUGUCAAAGGGGCAAGCUUAUAGUCAAAUUUAAAAUAUUGUCUGUCAUCCCUGUUUGUAAAUUAAUUUAAAAUGAAAAAGGUUACACUAUAAGUGACUAUAAGUUCUCAGUACUUAGUGAAAGAAUAAUAAUGUAUUUACUGCAUAUGUAUUUAUAUAUUACAGCCUUAAAACUUUAUGAACAUCCUGUAUAUUUUCUUAAAUCACUCGUUUGAAUAAGUAUUGUCACAAAAGAACAGUAUAUAAACUUAAUUUAAUGAGCAAAAGUACUUUAUGCAAAUAAAAAGCUUGAAUAUUAAUAGUUUUUACUACUGGAUUGAAUACCAAAAAUUGUGAGCUAUUGUUACAUAUUACUUGUAGAUUGUGGAUAGGAUUUCUAAUCAAUCUAGAUGAGAUGAAUGGCUUGAUUACUUGGUAUAAGAGUAUACAAUAAGAACAAACUGGCUCAUGCCUUACAUCCAUGACCUAAGAAAUUAAGUCCUAUAAAAAUUUUGAAAGAAAUGGAGCAUUAUGAUAGAUUGGUAAUUAAAGUAAAACAAAAACACAUCGUGACUAUAUUAUGUAUAACUUGAAAAUGCUCUCAAAUUUUCAAGGUAAAUUAACAGUUAAGGGGGAUAAUAGAGCUGCCCUAUGUACAGAAUGUUUUAUUUUUGGGGCAACUUCACAAGACAUGUACCGCCGAUCAUGUACAGCUUCGUGAAGUUUUUCAAUAUCUGUCAAAUGUCUCUAGCCCACAUGAUAAAUAGUCAUGAAUAUACUAAGAACUAUGCAAAGUUUCGAUAUGAAAAUUCAGAAAAAGUGGAGAUGGUACCAAACAGUAUUAAGUGCAUAUUGUUUGGAAUUUAGAGACCACAUAGAAAAAGUAAUGAUUGCAUUUUAAGCACGGAGCAAAAAAAAAAACAAGUCACAAAAUUACCUCUAAAAUAUUACUGGAUGUAUACCAGUAAUUCAUUACUCUUAGCCACUAACUUCUUAACAUUGCUUUUAAAUCUUUACUAAUUCACUACAUCAUAUACCAACGUAUAAUAUAGACAUUUUUGUAGUAAA